AUGGGUAACGGCGCAAAGGCACAACAGAAGCGCGAGCGCAACGCAAAGGCAGCAGGAGGCGAGGCCAAGUCGCAGAAAAAGGUCAACGAAGCCGCCAAAAACGUCAUGUGCAUGACGUGCCGCCAGACCUUCUUGCUCACCGUCCGCGAACCGGCGCUCCAACAGCAUGCUAGCGACCGACACAACAAGACCCUCGCCGAGUGCUUCCCCAACCACGGCAAGUAA